AGCUGGCAGCGGAGGCAGAAAAACAGCAGAUCACUGCAGACUGAGUGGAGAAACUGCAGCUUGUCCUUACGGAGCACACAUCAGGUGGUCUGACUGCAUCUUUCGGUAUAAAAUACAAGCCACCCUUCUUUUUUAUCCCACGUUCACUGCUACACAAGGCGCAUGCUCAGACCUCCUGGCGGUGCAGUUGUUUUACCUCACAGGAUCUCCGCGACACUGAAAUACUUCAAAGAUGACAACUUCAUGGAGCGAUAGACUGCAGAACUAUGCAGACCUGCCUGCCAACAUGGACAGAAUGGCAAUGAAAAAAUACAGACGAGAACCUUACCACAGAGUGUUUGUCAACAGAAGCUUGGCAAUGGAGAAGAUUAAGUGCUUUGGCUUCGAUAUGGAUUACACUUUGGCAGUGUAUAAAUCACCAGAGUACGAGUCACUGGGAUUUGAGCUUACGGUGGAGCGACUGGUCUCCAUCGGUUACCCACAGGAACUGUUAAGCUUUGUGUAUGAUCCAUCCUUUCCUACCAGGGGCCUCGUGUUUGACACCAUGUAUGGAAACCUGUUGAAGGUUGACGCCUACGGUAAUAUACUGGUCUGCGUCCAUGGAUUCAACUUCCUCAGAGGUCCUGAGAUCCGUGAGCGCUACCCAAACAAGUUUAUCCAGAGAGAUGAUACAGAGCGCUUUUAUAUCCUGAACACGCUCUUCAACCUGCCAGAGACCUACCUCUUUGCAUGCUUAGUGGAUUUCUUCUCCAACUGUGAUAGAUACACAAGCUGUGAAACCGGAUUUAAGGAUGGGGACCUCUUCAUGUCGUACAAGAGCAUGUUCCAAGACGUCCGUGAUGCUGUUGACUGGGUCCAUUUCAAGGGGACUCUAAAGGAGAAAACUGUGGAGAAUCUGGAGAAGUACGUUGUGAAAGAUGGAAAGUUGCCUCUUCUCCUCAGCCGGAUGAAUGAAGUGGCCAAGGUUUUUUUGGCUACCAACAGUGACUACAAAUAUACCGAGAAAAUUAUGACCUACCUGUUUGAUUUCCCCCACGGCCCGAAGCCCGGUACCUCCCACCGACCCUGGCAGUCCUACUUUGACCUCAUCCUGGUGGACGCCAGGAAGCCGCUGUUCUUUGGCGAAGGGACGGUGCUCCGACAAGUGGACACGACCACAGGGCGGCUAAAGAUUGGCACCUACACAGGACCUCUGCAGCACGGCAUCGUCUACUCCGGCGGUUCAUCGGACAUUGUAUGUGACCUGUUGGGAGCCAAAGGCAAGGACAUCGUGUACAUCGGGGACCAUAUCUUUGGAGACAUACUCAAGUCCAAGAAACGCCAAGGCUGGAGGACCUUCUUGGUCAUUCCUGAACUUGCUCAGGAGCUGCACGUGUGGACCGACAAGAGCUCUUUAUUUGAGGAGCUGCAAGGCCUUGACAUUUUCUUGGCAGAACUGUACAAACAUCUGGACAGCAGCAGUAACGAGAGACCAGACAUCAGCACUAUUCAGAGAAGAGUGAAGAAAGUCACCCACGACAUGGACAUGUGCUACGGCAUGAUGGGUAGCCUUUUCCGCAGCGGCUCCAGGCAGACGCUGUUUGCCUCUCAAGUGAUGCGCUAUGCCGACCUCUAUGCAGCCUCCUUCAUCAACCUGCUCUACUAUCCGUUCAGCUACCUCUUCAGAGCUGCACACGUGCUCAUGCCCCACGAGUCGACGGUGGAGCACACGCACGUGGACAUCGACGCCGAGUCGCCGCUCGCCACGCGCAACCGCAACCACUGCAGCGACUGCAAGGACUUGGAGUGCAAACGCAACCAGCUGACACGCUCCUUCAGCGAGAUCAAGCCUCCCAACCUGUUCCCUCAGACGCCACAGGAGAUCACCCACUGCCAUGACGAGGAUGAUGACGAGGAGGAGGAGGAGGAGGAGGAAGAAGAGGAGGAGGAAUGAAUCUGUGUGGCCGUUGAAAGGUUUUCCAGGGUGUGGCAGAGUGGAAUAUCCGUGUGAGUGAGUGAGUGACUGAGCGUGUCUAUCAAUACCGUAUGGACACGCAACAACACAGGACGUUUUGAAUGGAGUGGAAAAAAACACAUCACAUGACCUGUCACACGACUGCAUGCAUGAUGACUCCUUCAAAACGUUUUUUUUUUUUUUUAAUCAAUUUUUCUUUCGUCGUCAAACAGACAGAAGACACUCCAUUGUAUUUUUAAUGUGACCUUUUUCAGGCGUGAAUGUGGGAAAAGGUCGUCACGACGCAUGACUGGCCGCAAGACUAUCGGCGUAAUGACGCGUCAGCGCAUUAUUCAUUUUUUACGGGAAUAGCAACAAUCACGUCCAUGACGGUAGCGAUGCACGCAAAAUGGGAACAACGUGCUUUUAGUUAGCAUCGGCGUCGCUGUGCAUGGAUGGCUGUUGACACGAUGUGUGGUUACCAGGCAACAACGAGGACACAGUACUUUAUUACACGCUGAUAGUUGCCAUGACAACAGCCAAGUAACUUGCUGCCAGGUGUAAACAGCAGGAGAAGCUAAAAGGGCAGUAUUUUUGAUUUUUGUUUUUUUUUUUUUUCAUCAGAAAAUCCAACCUGAUUAUUGCGUUUGUGUUUAUUUGUGCUUUCAUGUGACGUUUGUCAUGCAAAGCAUUCUGUUGGGAUAUUUUAGACAACUAGGCAAAAAAACAAAAAAAAAGCCACAGUGUUAAAACACAAGUCGAAUGAGCUGCCGUGAACUCAAUUUUAAGCAACUUGAUGUUCUCAUUUCUUGCCUAUGCCGUGUCCCGACACAUGACGGAACUUUGUCCAACUCCAGCAAACACAACACAGUUCAGUAGCUUUUCCUUUCAUUGAAACAAUUGUCUUGAACAUGGAAUGAGAGUUUUCACUGCUAAACUUCAAAUAUGCAUGUGUUAUUUUAAUUGUAAAGCAUUCUACAAAUGUAUUAACUGAGGUUUGCACAGGAAAACAAUUGCAAACAUAUGCUGGAAAUACUUUUAAAAAAAAAAAGGGAAAUGUGAAUAGCACAUUAAAGGCUGGAACUAAAAUGUUAGUUGUCAUCAACCACUCUUGCGGUUACUUUUCUACACUAGCGUGUUGAAAUAUGUCUAAAUGGAGUGUUCCAUUAUCUCCCUUGACUGGGCUGUACUAACGCAAGACAUUGAACUCAAGUCAAUGCGGACACUUUUCAGUCCUUUUCAAGUCCUGAAUGCAUCCACUUGAGAAAAACGAAUGCUGUCACUGUCACCUCAUUUUCCCAAAUGAAUUUAUGCAUGUACAUUAUGCAGUGUUGCCUUUAUUCCCUGCUGUUCCUGCAGUGUGUACAUGACUUACAAAUGUAUAAUAAAGAUAGUUUUUCAUA